AUGCCGCUUCCGUGGAAGAAGGUGAAGAGCGCAAGACUUUCCCAGUUGGUGAAUGAUCACUUGCACAACUCUCAAAGAAGACAUGGAGACUCUUCUCUUUUGGUGGAGACUGGAUUCCCCACAUCCCUCGUGGAUCUUUUCAUCAAGAAUCGAGAAAAACUGAAAAAAUCACCCAAGAAAAGGAGGGGAAAAUCCAUUUCUACUCAGUUUGAUGAUCUAGCGCCUUCUCGAUCCUCGCCUUCUCCUAUGCCUUUGCCUUCUUUUGAUCCCACUCCUUUGGCUUCACCUCUGUAUAGUCCAUCGCCUUUGGCUUUGACUCCAGAGUCAAAGGGUGCGAAUAGUGGGGAAGAUGUGGGAAGUGGUCUUAAGAAGGGUGUGAAUACUAAUGGGAUUUUCUUGGCAGUUGUGAAAAUGUUGCUUAUUGUGGUUUUGGCUUUUGGGUCCAAGAAAUUCGCAUUUGGGUUCACCUUGUCGGCAUUCUUGUUGUUUUUCGUCGAUUAUGUGUUGAAACACAUUAUUCGAUGGUUGAAGCCGUCUUUAGAAACGCAAAAGGGGUUAAGAUUGAGGAUGCAAAGGGUUUGGAGAAUUUUCAGUUUCGUAGAGGACAAGUUAGUGUGGAAGAAAGCUGGUUUUUUUAAGUCGGAGAUACAAGUGGAGUGUUUUAGCCCUGCUUAUUCUGAUUCGAAGGAUCGUGAUUCGAAUUUUCAAAUUCAAGAAACUCAAUUUGUUGAACAAAAGUGUAAAUUGCCCCGUGUUCAGGAAAUUCAGUGCGAGGAGAUAAUCGAUGAGUCCGGCUGGGAUGGGAGUGAUGGGUAUCCUGGAUAUGAAGAAAGGGACUUAAAGAUGGUGGUGAUGGAGAAACAAGAGUUGACGAGUGAGUUGUCAGGAUCGGAGAGAAAGAAGCCGAGGAAGGUUAAUAUAAAAUCAAAAAUGAAGAAAUUAAUACCAAAGAAGUUUCGCAGUUCAAGGCCAAAGGAACACUCUGAAAGUAGUGAAAUUAGUCCAAUCAAGGAAGAUAAGGAACACUCAGAAAUUAGUGAAAUUAAGGAAGAUAACAUUGCCAUACUUGAAGAACAAGAAGUACAUGACUAUGAAGAUGUAAGAGAAUUAGAAAAUCAUAGCAAAAUGUCUUCUUUAUCAAGCAGGAGAUAUGACAGGGAAGAUUUAGUUGUUGCUGAUAAUUGUAGAAGUGAAUUGGGUAUCGAGGAGGCAAGUCUAAAUGGGGAACAGAAGAGAACAAAAGGACAGAUUUGGAAAUAUUUUGUACUCAGUUUGAUUGUUCUCAUUGGACUUAUUGGAGGUCGGAUAUUCGCCCUUUUCCUUACAUUAUUCUGGUGCUUGGCGAAACACUACAAACAUACAUAA